GGUUGGGAUUUUCCAUUAAGCUCUUGUGGAUGGUUCUUCAACACUCUUCCGGCGAAGCACAACGAAAAAUGUAAAGAGUCUCUGUGUGAUUCUGUAGUGUCAAACUUUGACUAUGUGCUUACAGUUAUCUCAGCAACGGUAGGCUCAUUUUACAUCUUUUGUUUUAUUAUUUAUUAUUAUACAGCUGAAAUUUUUCCCAAAGCGCAUUUAACCUCUGAGAUGUUUAAGUCACCUGUUAAUUGCCUCUGAACGAUAUAUAUAGGGUCGUAACUCGCCCGAUGUGUAUUUGUCGUUCUUUAAGCCUGACAAAAAGAAAUAAGCUUGGAAAGACAGUGACUGCACAUGUGGAAUCCAACGUUAACUGAACUAAAAUAACAUCUCGGAUAAGUUGGUUCACUAUGUUGUAGAGUGUUGUAUGGUAUCGGGUGAAGAUAUCAGUCCUAGCGAACCCCUCAGGGCGAAUCGACUUUCGGGCGAAAUGACCCCAAUUCGUCUGAACGAUGCAAGUUUUUAGACGAUAAAUGCGUCUCUUAUUUGGACGUUAGAACGACUUUAACGUCUCAAUCGACUUAAACGUCUCUAGUAUAAUAACUGCCAAUAAUAAACCUUUCUAAAGUAUCUAAUUUGAUGACAUGCGUUCAGUUUUUGGAUUCCCGAAUGUCACUAAGGGUACUAUUUCAAACAUGGUUAAUUAUGUUGCUCUGGCAAUGCAAACAUAAACUAGCAGCUUUUGCCCGGCUUCCAUCCCCAUCCAAAAAAAAAAGAAUACGCCUGCAUUGCUGGCAAAACACGUAUCACUUGAUUACUUUGUGCACUUUCAGUUUGAAGCGUCACUCUUUGUGAGGUUGUGAGAUCACUACGCAUUCAACUUACUCCUACACACGACUGGAUAUAUAAAAAAAUCGAUUACAAUGCAACCUGGAACUCCAACAGGUGGUUAAUUUUUUUUCAAACUUCGGGGGAGCGCUCGAAAAAUCAGUCUUGAAACGUUCUUACGGUGGACAAUAUACUUAACCCUCUAGGUCCCAAGAGUGACCAACAUCAAUUUUCUCCUAACAACAUCAGCAGAUCAUCAAGAGUAAAGGUUAUGAGAAUUACUAAAUUUAUUACCAAAGGGAGGAUGCUUUGAUGUUAAACCAAAUUCUCUCAACUAUUCUUAAAAGAAGAGUAUUGAGAUCAGUCUCGAGAAUUUGUAUGGAUCUUGGGGCUUAAAGGGCUUAAUCGACUCGGUUGAUAAACACGAAUUUUUUGUUCUAAACAAUAAAGAAAUGACUUGACGUUAUCGUAUUAAUGGGGUAGCCUUAUGAUGGAGUUCCACUGUAUUGUAGGCUAUCACUGUAAAAUCAGCGAUAUUUUGGGUAUUGUUAUAUUUCGUGACUGUAAUCAGUAUAACUGUGUUCUUCUAUGUAGUUAUCAGUGAAUUCUCCUCCUGGUGUUUGGAUCUGCAGUUCUCACAUGUUGCCGUCGAUUGCUCCAGACGCCCGUAAGUCUUACAAAUGGAGAGAUUAAUCACAACUCAGUCUUCCCGGCCAAACGUCUCAGAUUCUGUGAUCACGCCUUUUACACUACACUUAUACAUUCAAGAGAUCUUAUUUGGCAGGGGCUUAGCGUGAGAUUUUCAAGGUGUACGCGCGGGAAGAAAAGUUAGACCGUCGAAAGCACUCCAGAGUUUUCCACAGAACAUUUUCAUUGAUUAAGUAAGAAGGACAACGCAAUAGUUGAUUGUUUAUUUUGCCCACCGGCUCUAGUGUUACCGGUAUGGUACAGUUAGCUGACAGUGUUUACGGACAAUUGGGGGAAAAGUCAAACGCCACCAAGAAGGUUAAGGGUGAGGUGUCUACCCUUCAGUUAGACGAGCAGGGACACCAAUAUAAUGCAAAAAAUUGAUCAGCCAUACCCGAUUUAGUGAUAAAAAUGCUUCCAGGAAGCAAAAAGAGAUUAUUUUUGUCAUAUUUUCCCUCUGCGUAUGUAUGCAUAUGUGCGUGUAUGGACGGUACGCUCAUGUAUGGUAUGGUCAAAGGUCUCUUAAGCGACCACUGCCAUAUUAUAGCGGUCACAACUAGAGCUGGAUGUUGACGAGAAUGAUCUCUCGUAAGCGACCAAGCGAUGAUAAACUUAUCUAUCAGGGCUGUCAUUUACGAGAGCUCAGUUUUGGCAAAAGUUUCCGAUAUACAUACCAUGCAUUCUUUUUGGAUUUGCUUAGUUUUUACACUAGUAAGCACAAACUGUGACAAAAAAGUGUUUUUAUUUUUUCUUUAUUUUUUCAAGGAAUUGACUGGGAGAAGUUUUCUAAGGGUAUCACCGUGAUUCUCUCACCUGGGGACGUUCAUUAUGCAAAAGAUCAUGGUGUAGCCAAACUUGGAAAAGAUGUGAGGGUUUUUAGCAUAAUUAACGUUAACUUAAAAAUAGCUCUCUCAAGAGAGCACAAGUUUACAGUUUUGUUAUGUCUGUUGUGCAGUUGCGAUUUGAUCAACUAGCUAUGUCAUAUGAGCAUGAGACUUAACCUGUUUUGUCGAAGAAAAUAAAGUGUGAUUUCUUGCCUGAAAAUUUUCGACCGCACAAGGUGACGCUUAUUUAUCUGACGAAUUAAGUUACAAUUCACCAUCAUGUCAUAGCUAGCGUCGAAGAUAAAAUGAAGCGUGACUUUUUGCAUCAAGAAAAUUAAUAUUAUUGACGCAACAGGUCACGCUUUACCCUCAUGUUACAGUGUAUAUAGCACGCCGAUGAACACAAUUGCCCCUUUUUUGCAAAAUUUAUCUUACAUAGAAAAAAAAACAAAUUGAUAAAAUGACAAGCAACGACUAGACCGUAGCAGACUCUUCUUGUUUGCGAACUGAAUGACACAGUACUUUGAAUCUGGCCUUCAGAAUUAUCGCUUUUCUUACGGUCACGACAUGACUGCAUAGUGUUACACGGAAACUGUAAACAUAGAAACUAAAAAAUAAUUAAUCAGUCAGGUGGAUGCACGAAUACGCCUUUCCAGCAUCCCGCACCAGAAAGCACAUGCAGUGAAACAAGAUGGUGACUUGGUUGGAAUUGGAAACAAAUAACCGUUUUUGUCAGCUUCAGUGCCGGAUCCAGACCUGAGAUAACGGGGGGGGGGGGGGGGGGCGGUCUCCAAAACAAAAAUUUUUCGGCCCUUUGGGCCUCAGUCUGGACUAGACGUAAGGGGAGGGCGGGCCCCCCGGGCCCCUUUCCUGGAUCCGCCACUGAGCUCAGGCUCGAGUCGGUGCCUGUGAUCACUUAACAGACUACUCUUCCCUCUGUUGUGGAAAUACCCUGCCAGCACAGUCUUCCUUUCGCUUGCUCGAAUUUGCUGUUCUCGAGAAAGACUGCUUGAAUCUAGUAAAAUCUUUGUUGAGCAUGCUUUUCAUGUUGCUAGGAUAUAGUUUCGAACCCAGGCCUAAUAGUCGUGCGCUUGGUACAGCUGGCUCGGUUAUGACCAUCGGUUUGUUCAAUAAACAGGCGCACUCGAAAAAGCCAGUUUGCCGAGAAAAAACAAGAUCGACUUUUCUCUUCCCUACUCAAGAAGAACACAGAAAGGGACUCUGCUCGCAUGGUGUCGUGGGAAGGGUUUCUCAACAAACGGGCGGAUGUGUUUCGCUCCGGUAACUCAUCCUGUGUUUUUACUAACAUUCACUUUAAGGGCAAAGUAAAGGACAUUAUCUUCCGAGAAAGUGAGGAGAAAAUCAGAAGUUUCGCCCUUGAGAAUGGCAAGGUGCCGUUGGUAAGUUGGAAAUCCUGUCUAACUGGUAAUCAGUAGGAAGGUUGUAGAGAUUCGUUUAAUUGCGCGGUUUUCCGUCAUCAAAUUCCCAUCAGGAAUGUUGAUUCCCAGCCAUGUGACAAGGCGGCCGUGUCACAGUCGAUCGGCGAAAUAAUACAAUUUUUUUCGCAGAAUUUGCUUGAAAAAAGAGUUAAGUUCCUAGCGGAGGGUAGUCUGCUACACAGGCGUUCUUUGCGUCGUAAUGCACGAGGAGGAGCUUUGCGUGACGGCUUUGUAGCAGACUAAGCGGCUUUUGUUCUUGUCAACCAACAUGGCAGCCGUGAUUUCAGCUGUAAAUCAGCAGUUCUCUAAUUUAGGCCCCGUUGUAGUCUGCGAAAACAGACGUUUCUCCUCGCUCAUCGUCGCUGGGAGACGUUUCGCCAUUAGGAACGUCUGCGACUCAGCGACAAAACUUCCAUACUGGUGACGUAAAAUCCGUCCGGAAUCCGGUUAUAACCGCUGAUUGGACGACAGAGUAGUUACGUUGUUUUACCUAUUGUUUAUGAAUAACAGACAAAAGGUUACAAAGGUCAUUCAAAUGUUAACGGGAUGAAUCUAUAACAAAACAGUCAAUAUUUGUGGAAUAUAUUCUUCUCUAUAGAAGAAGCAUUUGAGUUCUUCUAGAGCUCGUUCCCGGAUGAACACAACACUUUUCCGAAAAUCGACCAGGAGAAACGUAAAAUUGAACAAAUUUGCAUUUGGAACCCCACGACUACCGAUUUAUUACGUAAACAUUGAUUUACGUCAUCAGUAUGGAAUUUCUGUCCCUGAGUCGCAGACGUUCCUCUACGCGAAACGUGCCCAGGGGCGAGGAAUGUGGAGAAACGGCUGUUCUCGUAGGCUAAAGAAGGUGCAGUAAAAACAAACUGUUUUCCUCGGGACCUGACAUUUAAUGUAAUAGGUUAUUUACUAGUUAGCAAGUAAAGAUAUCUUGACUGUGCUCUGUUCUGUUGUGAAACAGGCAGGGAGCGGCUAGAGCACCAAAGAAGAGUAGGGGGGAAACACGAGACGUAGUCUAGUGUUUCUCCCUUCCUGAGUGCUCCAGGCGCUUCCUAAGUGCUUUACAACAGAACAGAGCACAGUCAAGGCUUCAUUAUUUGUUUUAUGAUAAAGAAUCCGUUAAAUUCCCCACGCAUUACUUCCAAAUGUUCAAAACAAACUAUAGGUAAAUGGCUGACAGCUCUAGCUCCGUGUUUUAUACUCUCAUAAAGCAGGCUUUUUCAACCAAGCAGAGUGCGUGUUUAUCAGAACUUUAUCAUAAAAACGUUAAUUUUGAUUGGCAGGUUAGCGGAACUGUGUUCAUGGACAUCAAAUCUGCCUGCAAGGUUUUGAGUCUUCAUGUGUUCCAUCCCUUAGAUGCUUGUACUUAUUUUGGGCUAGACAAUGGAGCUGAUCCUAUUCAGGUAUAACUGACAUAUAUAUCUAAUUUUUAUGGUGCGUUUGUUCAGCUAUACAUUUCAUAAGGACCUCGAAAUUCGUGAUGGCCUUGUCAAAUCUUUCAAAGAGAAAAGAAAAGGGCAACUAAUGCAGCGAUGAUAUCGAGAACGUCAUAAAAAAGCAAGAGUUUAAGCCGAGGAAAAAAAAGAACUUUGCGCGCGCAUUCAGUACACUUGAUUCCUUUUCCGACCUCUGCAUAGCCUCGAGUUGAAAUUUUCUUAUAAGGGAGUGUGUAAACAUACGAGUUGAUGGCAAAUUUUUCUUUUCCUCUCUCUAGUGAAUCUGCCUAUGUUUUUUUAAAGCAAAUUAAGUGAGUUGUAAUAUUCUCCAUGCAUAUAGCCUUGGUCUUCGGCCGUGAAUCUCUCCGGUCGUAGGUCAGUGGAAAAAAGCGUCACGCGUUGUUGGGAGUAGUACAGUAGCUCUUUUAGACCUCUAUUUUCAUUUCAUUGUUUUUAGGACUAGGGGUAUUGUUUGUGUUGAAUCAUCUACAGUUUCGUUCUCCAAUCACAGACCAUUCUAGCACGAGGAAGAUCUAAAAGGCGGAGCAACUUUUCACUGGGUUUACACGCAGAAAUUUUGGUCUUUGUAGUUAGCAGUAGAAAAGGAAUCAAAAUAUCAACGAUUACUCACUGAAUGAAGCGCUGCAAUUUUUGCUGGUUUGUCCCUUCCUAGUACUAUGAUCUUCCUAGCGAAAGUAGUUUACAUGGUACUAGGAUCUUCCAACCUCUCAGCUUGGAAGAUCCCAGCACUAGGGACAAGUACAACUUUUUGCAUGUAAACUGAGUCCAGAAAACAUAUGGCGCUAGGAUGACCCCCCCUCUAGGAUCUUCCUGGUGCUAAGAUGGAUCAAUUGAGGUUUCUGGGUAACUGACCACCUACCCCUCCCCUAAGUCACAAUUUUGCCUUAAGUGAGAAGUGUUAAUGCUGACUUAGGGGAGGGGUAGGCGGGGUACCCGGAAACCUAGACUACGAGUAGUACCCAUUUUCCCUCAGGGAUAGUAUAGCUAGCAAAACGCGAGUGCGCGUGAAAAUUACCCCAUGCGAGAAAAGGCGACGCGCGCCGGGGAGAGAAAACAGAGUAAACAGCCCCUUAAACCAGCUAACUGUUGGACGUUUCUCCUUUUUUUGCUAUGUAGUUGUCCAUGAUAUUUGAUAUCCUUCUUUGUCUGGCCGAGGAUGUGACAGAGUCAGCGUUUGUUGAGGGUGAAAGAAGCGGUUCAUAUGGUCGCUACAUCCCUGUAACGAUGAAUUCCUCAGAACACCCCAAGAGGACGCUCAUGCGCAAUGCGAGAGCGAUGCUUUGGCAGCGACUAAGGGGCGUGGAGCUGAAAGGAGGUUAAUUAACAUUUUUUUUGGGGGGGGGGGGGGGUUUCGCAUAAUGUGAAGAAUUCCCGGAGGGGUAAUCGUGGGAAUUCUUGGUGGGGGUGUCCAGCUGGUUUUCCAAAUCCUAACCCUAUUUCAGACCAAAAAAUGUCAUUUUCCACACCCGUUUUCAGACCUGGCCUUUAGAUCGAAAUUAUGUCAUGCUGUAAUUACUUACGGUUAGAGCGCAAGCAAACAUUUCUUCAAAUGCAUUUCGAAUUCGCAUAUUUCUGUUUUUCUUAUUAAUUUGGAAUUGAAACGAUAAAUAUGUUCAUACGCUCCCGUAGUUCCUUCGAAAAACAUACCCGAUUCCAGACCAAAAUGGGUAAUGUGUAUACCCGUUUUCACACACAAAAAAAGGCCCAAAAACCAUACCCUUUGGGACAGCACAUUCCUAUAUGGCUUAUAUAAGGGAUUGCCCCCCCCUCGGGGGAAAGAAUGCUGCAGAUCUCGGAUAAUGUUGUCGGCUGAGGUGGAUAACAGCCUCCGAGGUCUGCAUAGUUCUUCACCAUCUUGCUUCCAAAACUGAACUUGAUAACAUACACUGUUAUCACUAGUUCUACACUUAGCAAUGCUUAUACUCAAAUGUAAAGAUUUCUUUCAACAGUCCUUCUUGAGAACGGUACGUUUGAUUACUCGAAGCCAUCUGCAGAUUGUUAUAGGAGACAAAUGCUUGACAGCAUUGAAUUUCUAAGCCAGAGUGGAGUCAAGUUCGAUUUCAACAAUCAUACGCACGUAUCGAUCGGUAAGGUGAGUACGCUACAACCGCUUUUCUUUUCCGAGAUCUCGGAUGUUUUUGAAAAAUAACUUCGAGUUUUCUUUUUUCUAGAACAGCACUUGUCAUUAAAGACCUUCAGAUUCGUGGACGAGGACGGCCAUGAGAAUUAGAUUUGAGUUAAAAGUUUUUUUCGCAUAUGCUCAAAAAAUAGACAUCCCUUAAAGCUUGUUUUCACCUUUUUCCCUUGAAAAGUUGACACGGUUAUUUUUAGCAAAGGAGGUUAAGCCCUCUCCCGAUCGAAAAAUGGUAAAGCUUCUAACGUUUGGAUUUGAUAACUUGUUUCCGUCACUAAGACAUUAGAGACCUUUAGAUUAGAGGACUAGGGCGAUUCAGACUACGAGUACGAGAUUUCCCUGAAAGUUUUUUCGCGUAUUCUCAAAAUAUAGACCCCCAGGAAAACUUCAUUUUACCAUUUUUCACUACAAUAGUUAGCAGCGUUACCUUUAGUGAAGGAGGUCACGCGCUCUCCCGAUCACAAAAUGAUAAGACUUCUAAUUCCCGCCACUUUGACAUUCUCGCUAAAACACAUAGCAUAAUGACAACGGCUACCACUUUUCCCGCCAAAAUGGCGUUGGCUCACGCGCGAAGACAACUUAUUACUGAGAAAAUCUCGUACUCGUAUAGUCGUACUCGUCUUAUUCUUAAGAAUUUCAAGGUCUAUAUUUUCGCUAAAAACGCACAGUACAAUGACGGCGCCUACCAUGUUUUCCCGCCAAAAUGGCGCUGGUUCAUGCACGUGCACUACUAGCUAGGUUUUGAGAAAAUCUCGUACUCGUAAUCGUCCUCGCCUUAAGGUGAUUUUACACGGGACGAUUCGCAACGACGCUGAAAAGCCCUUUUUAGGGAUGGUUAAUAAAGUGUAUGUAUGUAUGUCCUCCAUAAAACUUGCAAUUAGGCAUGUUCACGUCGUAGUCUUACAAGGACGGUAAAGAAAUGUACAAAAAAGCGUGAUCCCCUCGCAAAGUUAUUGUUUUGCACAAUAGAGAGCUUUAGAUUCUAAGACGAGUACGACUACGAGUACGAGAUUUUCUCAGUACUAAGUAGUGCUUGCGCGUGAACCAGCGUCAUUUUGGCGGGAAAAUGUGGCAGCCGUCGUCAUUCUGCUACGAGUUUUAGCGCGAAUGUCGUAGUGGCGGGAACAAGUUAUCAAAUGUUAGAAAUUUUAACAUUUUGCGAUCGGGAAAGCGCGUAACCUCCUUCACUAAAGAUAACAAUGCUAACUUUUCUAGUGAAAAAUGGUAAAAUGAAGAAUUCCGGGGAGUCUAUAUAUAUUUUGAAAAUACGCAAAAAACUUUAAGUCAAAUCUCGUAUUCGUGGUCGUCCUCGUCUUCAAAUCUAAAGGUCUCUAAUAAACCUAUUUCUUUUUUGACGUCGCCGUCGUCGUCGUCGUCGUCGUCGUCGUCGCUAAAGCUCCCCGUUGUCGAUCAACGAAAGAAACUCUGGAAAGUUUCUUUAGCAAAAUCUUGCCAAAACUUCUUCCGUUUUGCAACUUUGCCGAGCUAACGAGCUUUCUUUCAAGAUUCUUAUUAGCAGUUGCUAUUUUGUUGUUUCAGAAUUGUACUCCCAUCCCAAAAUCCUCUGUUGUGAUAAAUUCGAUCGUGGAGGAUGGCAUCAAGAUUGGGGAGAAUUCAGUGAUCUCUAACUGCCAUUUGAAGGUGUAAUACUCGUUCAUUGUAGUCCUUAUGUUUUUUAAGCUAUUUUACAAAUGGACAACAAUUUUCCAUGGUCUGAACUAGUUUUGAACAUUUUGACGUGAUUACUUCCGAUUAUAAGCCUCCCCCCACACUUAUAAGUCCCCCAUUUUUGGCCCAUCUACCUGAAAACAUAAAAAAUACAUCCGGUUAUAGCCCCCCCGAAUAUAAGCACCCCCCCCUCUCUAGCUUGUAUUAAAAUGAACUCAACUUUUUACUACUUCUUGAAGCGUAAAAAAGCCGAUCAAAUUCAAAAAAUAUUUUAAUCAGCACUGCUGUGUAGCUUGUUUUGAAACACUUUUUGCAGUCCGGUUAUAACCCCCCCUCCCCCCGAAUAUAUACCCCUCCGUUUCUAAGCCCCCCCUCAUACGGCUGCCACUGCCCGGGUGAUAUGGCUGUGCGCAUCGAUUGAAUCUUGAAAAUGAUAGGCCAACGUUUUCAAGUUUUCAUGCUAUGGCUACAAAAAUCACCCAAAACGUUUUAUGGUUUGUGCUCCCUGAUGAAAUUGGAGAUGUGCAAGUGACAUAUGGGUAAAGGCAGUACGUUUUUGACUUCAGCACAGAAUUAACCUAAAACAGCGAUAUACUCGUGGCAUAGCCCCUUUAAACACGAGGUCAAUUAUUUAAUUAGCAACGAUUUGGUUAAUGCGAUUUAACACUGAAUAUAAGGAUAAAAUGUUACAACUAUAUUAUUUAAAUAUUCCAGGGGGAUUUGUCCUUUGAAUCAGGGUCAAUCUUAAUCGGUAUUUCAUCUAAAGCUAUGAAGGUGAGAUAGUGUCGUCAAUCGAAUUCUGAUUCCAUUCUUCGAGCGGUGUGCGUGGUUCUUUUUUGUGAUUUUUCCUGUUUGUGAUUUUUCGUAGGAUGUUCCAUCAGGAGUAACUUUUCCUAACGAUUUGUGCGCCAUUCACUUCAAUGUUGACCUUGGUGACAGACCACAAAGAGUUUUGGUUGUUUUGGGCGCUCUUGAUGAUCUACAGGUGAGGCUGUUUUUCAUUACCACUAUUGGUAGCAGCUUUAGCCUCCCUUCUAGACGUUCUUAAAGGUCUGUCACGCGUCCCCCCCCCCCCCCCACGUUGGGAAGAAUUGACCAGAACGUCUGCGUGGAAGGGUAUAAGCUCUUAAGGUAUCAUCCCACCUUCGGUACACUCCUCGCGCGGAUCGUGCUAGCGGUUGUAACCUUAAUAAUUACCCCUACAAACCGCACAUUUUCUAAAAGCUUAAUGGUUGAAGAUUACGGCUAAUUUCUUUAAACAAUCCAAAAUGCUAACGCGUUUCAGAAUUGACGAGCUUUUUGCAAAAGUAUACAUGUCUCUGUAAAUUUAAGUCCAGGUCAGCCAAAAACAAACGAAAGAAAUCGAUUAAGAUCGCGUUCGCUUCAUGACACGUCUGACUAGAAAGCCGUGACUCAGAUUUUUGACGUGUGCCUUUUUUCUUUUGUGAUAACUGAGUAGAUGAAGUAAGUGAUAACAAAUCAUUAGAAUUACCUGUGGAAAAAAUGCUAUUACUUAAAAAGCGAAAAAAAGAAAUCAAAAUUCGCACAAUUGUUUUUAGAAUAACUAUCUGGCAGUCAGUUGCUCAAAUUUCAGCCAAUUUGGCUCACUGGUUGCCGACUUGUAGUUUUAAAAUGAACGCUCAACUUGGUCUGAUUUUCAUUUUGAGAAAACAGACAGUGAAAAUGAUGUAUUAUCUUUCUCGUCAUGCAGACGCCAUUUUCAUCAGAAAACAGCACGUAUUGCAACAGACCAUGGCAGACGUUUUUUGAUGGAACAGGGAUCAGCCCUAAUGAACUCUGGUUUGGAGUGGUAAGAGCUGUAUACAUCUCACUGCGUAUUGCACAUUUGAGAUUGAGCGGAAGACUGGGUCUGUGUUGUUUCAAACUGCGUUAUGGGUCCAAAUGUUUCCGCCAAACAGUCCCACAAUGCAAUUGGACACGAUCCUGACCCAGUCUUUUGCCAGUCGGAGGUUUUUCUUCCCUAGACACAGUCAACCUUUGUUCGUUAGGCUUCUUGGGGGUUUCUCUCUUGGGCAGUGUUCACAGUUGGUGCCCGGACACGGUGCCCAAGUACGGUACGGUGAACACAACAUCAUUUUGUGCCGAUACCCAGGCACUUGUUCCCGGGCACCAUGUGUGGACAGCCCCUUAUCUAGGCUACAUUGUUACGCAACAACAACCAACGGCAAAAAAAGUUGGUUUGUAUCAUCUGUUAACAAAUUCCAUAAUUUGAUAUCCGCCUAACGGGAUGUUAUAUUUUUUACCCCUUUUGGCUUGAAAUAGGGUAGGGGAGUUACAUAUUUUGAUCUGAAGUAGGGCGAGCUUUCCAGAAAGCAUGUCACCCAUCCUCACAUAAAUUUUCCAGCCUUUAAAAGCAUGAGGAGGCUUGAAAUGGUGGAUAGAAAGGCCGAGGGAAAAGCGAGACUGCCUCUAGCUCCUUACCGUUAAACUCGCGUUAAACUCGCGCGGCGUUAUAUUGACGCAAAAUUGUUUAUAGGCGUGAGAACUUGACUCGUGAGAACCAUGAAUUCCAGCGCUCUAACCGCUCGGCUACGAUGCCUCUAAACCAAUUAGAGUAUUUAAUUUUGUGAGGUAUAAAAAGGUGAUUUUCUAUUUCUGUUGUAGCCUGAACAGGAAAGAAGUCUUAUUAAUGCCAAGCUCUUCCCUACGAUCCAUUGUUCUGUAUCACCGAACGAGAAAGCAGACGAGAUCUUGUGGUUGUCGAUGAUUGCAAGCGGCUUUUCAAAGCGGUUAUUUUCUCAAACCAUGGACGUUAACGAGAAUGUUUUCAACUCGUCGCCUACAAAACGUCAACAUUUCGUUUAUUCUCUUGGGCGAGGACUUGCGGAUCUGCUUCAAAAGUAAGGAACGUCUUUGUGUGCUUGCGUGUGUGCGUGUAAGGGAGUGCUACAAUAUAUUAGGCUGAUUUAGCAACAGGACUGGAACGUCAGUUGACUUCGGGAAAGCGCGCGGAGAGGACUAAACACGACUUUCGGUGCUCAAUUUGCUGCUCUGCCAUUGGUCAAGCUAGUUGUUUGAUUUGCGAGCGCCGUCGCACGGUCGUCAACUGACAUUCCCGUUCUGUUGCUAAAUCAGCCUAUAAUAUAAUAGGGAGCUUGAGCAACGACCAUGGCACAGGGAGCAAAAAGCUCACUUAAAAUAAAAAAGCAUUCGCGGUGUUUCAAACUUCAUCGAUCGUAUUCCAUUUCGUUCAAUUUGUCAGUGUUAGCGAAUUUUUGUGGAGUUGAGUUCUACUUUUGUGGAGUUGAGUUCUAAAAGUUUAUUUCUAAGUUUAGACAAAGAAAAACGUUGUCUUGUGUUGACGUUCUCCAUGAAAUGUGAAAUUAGGAACUUUCACGUCGUAGUUUGCAACGACCGCAAAGAAAUGUACCAAAAAAUAAAGCUUGAUGGACAUGCAAAGUUGUUGUUUUGCUAUUCUAAUCUUAUUGCUUUUUUCCGUUCUCGUUGCCGUCGUCGUCGUCGUUGCCUAAGCUCCCUGUUAAAUUUAAUAACUAAGAUAGUACGUGCGCCCUGAUUGGCCAGGAAUUAAGUAAGUUGGAUGAGAGUAAGUUGGUUUCACCAUGUUUUGCUGUGCACGUGCUUAACACCAUGAUUAUCGAGUGAUUAUGAAAAAAGGUUGAGUUAAGAACUCUAGAAGUUUACAUUAUUUACCUAUUUCUCUUGGUCGACUUUGCAUUUUAAAUGCCGUUUCCUGUUUGAUUUAGGUCAAAUCUUUUCAUCGAAGAUUUUACGUCAUGAACAAAUGUUUGAUCGUUUAGGUACCUCUUCCAAAAAGUUUCAGUUUCAGUUUAUAUUUUUUGCGCAUCCUUCUGAGCCCGUGAUUAGCGCGCACACCUUAAAAAAUCGCUUUAAGGUUGGAGCUCCCAAGAGAGGUAAAUCUUCAUUUUCUCUUAAAACAGUAUUGUUCCUUACCUUUUUCUCUCUUUCUUUUUGAGCUUACUGGCUUAUAACCAGUAACGUUCUAUCUUCGUAAGAUUGAAUGAAUGAAUGGUUGGAUGGAUAGAUCAUUAAUGUCACUGAUUAAUUAAAGUUUCUAUAACAUAAACAACCUAUCGGUAAAGUUUGAGGAAAAUCUCGGUGCAGGUUCUAUUUCAGAGGAAUGACCCUAACCCCGUGAGCACCAAUAUACAAAUACAAAUUCUCCACACAGAUCUUCAUACAUUUCGUAAAAGAAUUAGUAGAGAGAAUUUGUUUAAAAAACAAGGCAUUUUUCUUCAACCCCCCCCCCACUUGAGUGAAUCAUUCUGUUAAUUCCCGCAACCAUCUUUCUUCUUAAUCUAUUGAUAUUGUCUCGAGAAUAUUGAUGUUGGUCAGUCUUGGUGACUUAAAAGAGUUAAUGUCCAUGAUCCGUUUUUUCAGGUGGCGAUCAGCCAUCAGGCUGUCCUUGCAGGACAUCCUGUCCUUGCUGGAUUUGAAUGCAGAGUUUGAUUGGAAAAGAAGGUUGUGGUUUGAAAUUGGGAAAGCACAAGCCGAGAGCACACUGAGAGACUGCAAGAAUGAUUGUCUCUUGCCAUUCUUCAGAAGCUGUGUUCAAGAGGGAUUCGCAAAAGACAUCCUGAAAGUUUUAGAUCAAGGUAAACGUUCAUUGUAGACCCGCGGCAGUCCGCGGAACUUGAUUUUAGGCGGAACUACCUGCGUAGGCUCCAGAGAGUGGGGGCCGUGGUCUUCUGGAAUUAUUCAGAGGAACGAGAAAACAAACAUGAGGAGAUUAGACCAGACCCAAAAGAGUUUCUGAAAUUUUUGGCCAAUCCGCACUAGCAGAAAAAUUUGGAAUUUUCUUUCUCAAACUCAUUAAUAAUUCAUGUAGAUAAUUCAAAGGAAAUUAUUGUUUAAUGAGUGUUUUGAAAUCAGAUGAAAAACUGCUGGUACAAAUAGGCAUUCCGGGGUGUCUAGCUUUUGAGAAUAUACGCGAAAAAUCAAAUCUUGUACUCGUAGUGGGCUCGUCCUCGAAUCUAAAGGUCUUAGUCUAAUGUCUCAUUGCCUUAAAAGAGGAUCUUUAUCCUCAAGGUUCACUGAUGAACUGUUUCUUUUUCUCAGUUGCAUGCAGUACGAGUUCUCCAGGCGUGGCCGCUCGGACUUUGGCGUGUAUUGCUGACGUAUUAGGUGCUAUGGCAGGAGAGAGAGCUGGGCUGAGAAGUGGUCCGGCCCGCAAUGAAUCCUGGAUGGAUGCCUUUCAGUGUCUGGAGGUAAACGAAAGCAGCUAAUCUGAAUACACAGACUAACAAAACUGGAAACCUCUUCCUUAGUAGUACAGUGGAACCUCGAUAUAGCGAACCACUACAUAACGAAGUUCUCGAUAUAACGAACUAUUUUCUGUACCCCAGUAAUAGUAAAAUAUAUCGAAAAGGACCUCGAUAUGACGGAACCUUGUUAUAGCGAACCAAUUUUGCCAGUCCCCUGGCCCGUCGUUAUACCGAGGUUCCUCUAUAAUAUAGAUUCAAAAUGUGACCUGUUAUUGAAUAAAUCUUAUUAAUAUACUAGUAAUCGAAGGUUAAGGAGUGUGGGCGACAACGAUCGAAGGUCAAAAUACUUUUGCUCCAGCGCUUUGCUUUGCGUGCAUAUCACGUGAUAGAUGGUCAAAACACGCGUUAUCAUAUUACGAGUGAUAGAAGGUCCAAAUGCUCGUGAUCAGUGGAAGUCCAAGCCAAGCUGGCUACGUACGUGCCGUGCAUGCGUAAUAGCAAUCUGGAGAUUAGGAUUGCGGGCUUCUCUUUUGGCUGGCAAUUAAAUAGCUCACGCGAUACAUUUUUUCGACUUUGAAAGCUGAUGUCUUCUGUUUGUUUGUUUGUUUGUUUUUUUAAUUUAGAAAGGAGACAUCCCAGCUGGAGUGAAUGCACUCGCAGAAGAGAGAAAUAAGUGGCUUGAAAGGUAAAUCAUUAUGACCAUUAGCGUUGCGUUAGUUUUUAGCGUAGGCCUGGUAAUACAGGAGGUCUUCACUUAGGCCGCAUCUAAGUACAAACAUUGACUCUUCGUUUCUCCGUUUUUGAGUGAGUUAUAUAUUCUUAUUAUCUGUGGUAUAUGCGCCCUUAACAAUAAUAAUACAUAGUGUUUGAUGUCUAAGGAAUGAUCUGCCCCAAAGUGAUAGAAACUUAGAACGCUGUUUUGUUAAACACCUACCUGUGUAGUUGCAGUAUUCUUUUCAUUUCUGUCGUCAAGUGGAUAAAAAUUACAAUUAAAUAAUAAGUUUCGCACGGAUGGAGUCCGCUUGCCGAGGGAAACUAGAGUGUUUGAUAUACGAGCUGUUGAUUAUAAAGGAUAAAAGACCUACGCUAAAUACGCAAGCGGACUCCUGCCAUGCGAAAAAUUUUAUUUAAUUGUAGUUUGUUCAUUUUCACGUUUAAAUUACAUGCACUUUUCGCACUUCCUUUUUCUAUAAAUAUUACCACGAGUCCUGUUAAUUUCUUAUCUUUUGAUAAUGAUGGCAUGAAGCUAUCGAAACGUCAAGUUUCUUUUAUAUCGUUAAUUUUGUUUUAAAAUGUAUCUCUAAAUCCAUCCUCAUUACAAAAUUUUACAGGAACACGAUAAAUUAAAGUAGAUCAGGUAAAAAAACUACCGAGAAUAGCAAAAACUAAACGAGCUGAGUUGCAUUCUAUAAGGUUGUGACACACGAAAGAUAAAGAGAAAAAUACCUUAAAUUUGGGAGAAUAAAAAUAAAUAAAUAAAAAUUAAAAAGAACAAAACAAAAACAGAACGGUACCAGAUAGCUAUAAAUUUUACAUUAAAUGGGAUAAAUCAAACAAAUUGCUAUCCAGCAUUUAAAGUGAUAAAGAGGAUAAAUAAUUUCCUUCGUCGUUUGCCUAAAUAAAUGCAAAGAAGUACUUUUUUUUAAAUUUUACGUCCAGGUUAUUCCAAACAGAAGGACCAGGGAAGCGUAUAAUAAAUUUACCGUAAUUAGGCCUAACCUUGUCAAAAUAAUAAGCUGACUUUGAUGCUAGCCUAGUAUUAUUAUAUAGCCAUGCUUAGUGAUAUCCGUGAAAAGAAGUUGCCUUAAGCCUCAGGUAGUAAAUUUUGACGAAAGUGAAGCAUAAAAAGGGCGAGCCAAAUCAAUAGUCACUAGGAAUGAGCUUGACUAAACCUAGCUGUGAAAAAAAGGGGGCUGGAGUGAACAUCUCGAUUAGAAUAUGUAAUUAUUUCUACUUUAAUGUCAGAACUCUACUUUACAUUGAUGUAAUUGAUCAUUAUUUUUUAAUAGACCCGAUCUUCUGAUCCGAGCAGCUCGCCAUUACGAAGGAGCGGAACAAAUUUUAAGACGAAAAGCGGUUUUUACUUCAAGACAGGUCUGUUACACGGCUGACAGUCUACAAUAUAGCCUGCUCCUGUAUAUAAUUAUAUGGCUUAGUGUACACGUUAAAAGUAAAUACAACAAAAAAAGUAGUUUUACACAAAAACCUGAAAGACACUGAACGUUUCCAUUAAAACAAGCAAAGCCAACCUUGUAGAAUUUCAAGUGGAAGCGUAAUUAGAACUAGUUCUGAGAACGGUUUUAUCGAAUUUAGCCCCAUUGAAUAAGAAAUGUUAAUUUUCUUAAUCCUCCUCAUUUAAAUUAUUCUUUCAUACAGUUUUUCCAAAGCGAGGAAUGUGAACCUGUCCCCAAAGGACACUGGGUAAUAGCCGAAGCACCUGGUAAGCUAUUCUCAAAGCUGAAAACAUUGUUUCCUUUCAAAGGCUUUACAUUAGCAAACUAACGUUAGAACUAACAUAACCAUGGAUUUAGUCAAGGCCAAACGCAAAGCUCUUGUGAGAGCUCUUAAGAAAUGUCUUUCUGAAGUAAACUUUUGGGAGCCUGCGAUCAGUUGAAUACCAUAACUGGACAGCAGAGAUCUUAAAAGAAAAGCGUCACCUCAAUGAGUUGCACACCUGAGCUCGCAAUACAGACAUGAUCAUACAUGUCCAACAUCGAGUUUUAAAAACAUAAGUUAAUAUGCCUUGGACUUUACGGCUAGUAAGUAAGACAUUUCACAUCGCUAACAUGAGGGCGGACGUACGUACGUUUGUCAGAACCAAAAUUUAUUGAAUGCAUAGAUAAUCAAAUUUUGUUAACCACGGUGCUCCGCUGUUAAGAAAAUCUGAGGCGUUGGAUUUUCUGGUUUGCCAUUAUUGCAUUAACCUUUAUCGGAGAGGCUUAACCCAUUCGCCGCUGAACCGCCCGUAACCGCCCGUGCGGAUCCACGUCCUUUCUACCCUUUGUGACGUCAUCAGUUUUAACGGUCAAGGACAACUUUGUCCGUUAACUUGUGCAGAGUGAAGAGAUCUUUCCAACCAUACCAGAAUGAGCACAAUUCAGUCAAGGACACCGGAGAAAGGGGCAAAAAACCAUGUAACAUUGACCUGAAAAUCUCCAGGAAAAUCUUGUUCCAUUGCCCACCUACCUUUCCUUUCACCUAAUCCUAAGAUCCUAAAAGCUUUCCUAAAAACUAUUCCCAUUAAAAUGAAGCCUACUAAAUGCCCGGCAAGAGAAAAAAAAAUGAGGCAAGAAAAGCGAAAAAAGAGGGGAGGAGAGAAAGCGAAAAGUAAAAGUCAAGACUGCUGUGUCACUUUUAAACCCAAAAACUCGAAAUUUUGCUUUCUGCGCAUGCCCGAACUUCGCAAGCUGAUAUUUUGCAACUGGAUCAGAAGGCCAUGAAGUGUACGACCUGUAAACCGGUUUGUGGUAAGUUUUAGCUCUUAAUAGCACGACAGUGACCAGAAAACCACUCGACUAGCUUCAAAACACGUUUUUCGGCAAAAUCUCCAAGAGCGAAUGGGUUAAAAGCGCUGCCAGAACCCCACAUUUACGUACCCUACUUGCAGACGUUUCUUUCCGACUUGGUUUUGGCAUUUUUCAAAUCGUCUGUCGCGUCGCUGAAAUUAGUGUAGUUGGCUUGUUUAACCCCAUGUGCCAAUGUCAGUGAAGCGACUGAUGACUUCGUAAAUGCUAAAAAUCAUGUCAGAAAAAUGUCUGCUAGCAAGGUAAAAGGCGACGUUUUAAUCCCUGCCACUAAGAACAGGGCUGGGUGCCUUAUGCUACAACGACUGCUUGGGUAACCUGUGGCUUAAUUAAAAAUCUUUUGCGGUGCAUGACAUCACGAUAAACACAACAGGUUUUAAUCUCUCAUAUGGUCACCCCACCUACCCUGUAGACUUCAUCAAAUAGAGACAUUUUAUCGACAGGGGGGCUACCUCAGCUCCCUAGGGUCUUUCCGCUCCAUGUAAACAGGCCCCCUCUACUUCACGACUAACGUUUUACUUGUGCAAGUUCAUUCUUAUCUCUCGGUUGUUUGUUCCCUUUCAGCUCGAAUAGAUUUGUCUGGUUGCUGGACUGACACCCCUCCUGUGACCUAUGAGCACGGUGGGGCUGUUCUUACCGUUGCUAUUAACCUUAAUGGAAAGGUAAGGGGGAACCAUACUGCAUUUAUUUUGAGUUUCGAGUUUUCCUUUCUUCUACAAAUUAGGGCUUUCGUUAUUCAAACCCCGCUAGAAGUAUCAAAUUUACUGGUAUGAAAGAAAGACGAAAAGCCAGGAUUCUGGUCAUAGUAAUAAAAUGACACCAUCGUUCAAAUGCCGCAUUCUUUUGUGUUUUGCACAUGCUAACGAAGUCAGAAAGGCUAAUAAUAGAUAUAAAAAGUAGUAAUAGGCCGCCAUUGUAAAAGAGGUCAAUUAGCCAAAGCCGAAUUUUUAACUAAUGGUUGUUUUCUUUCCUUUUUCCCCUUUACAGAAAGUAACAGGCGCUAAAGUUAGAAAAAUAUCUGAGUGAGUGAUCAUUUUCGAAAUCUUCACGCCUUUCCAAAAGUAGAAUCUGGGACUGUACUUUUUAUCAUCUGUACUAUUUAUCGAAACGUCGACUCUAAUUUAACUGAUUCGUGGGGAUUCGGUUCGCUUUGUACGCAUGAGCGCAAUAAGGUAAUAGGGAGUUUAAGCACCGCCUUUUUUGAGCAACGCACGACAACCGGAAGUGGACUUUUUGCAAUCUUAGGCUGUGAUUUUGAACAAAUUUUCCAGCAGCUCGUCUCUAUCGUAGUAAAGACACUUAGCAAUACAAAUUAGGUAGCAUAAAGGCAAAUUAAACAGGAAAAAGGUUCACUUUCGGCUGACGUACGUCGCUCAACAACGUCGUUGCUUAAACUCCCUAUAGAGUGUUUUGACUCACGUGGCCAGCAUCUAUGCAAAUUUAUUGGAACAAAAGAAAGCUCUUGCAUGAGAAAAGAGUUCAACUCCCAGAGGAUUGGUUUGGGAAACCAACAUGGCCGCCGUUUCAUUGUUUUGGGACACCAAUAUGGCCGCCGCGACGUCAUAUGAAAACGCUCUAUUAGAGAGCUUAAGCAACGACGACGGCGACGUCACCGAGAACGGCAAAAGAUCAAUAGGUUUAGAUAAGGAAAAAAGACCAACUCUGCACGGGCAUCACGCUUUAAUUUUUUGUACAUCUCUUUGCCGUCACUGCACAACUACAACGUGAAAAUGUCUAGUUUCACGUUUUGUCGAGGACAUGAACACAAGACAACGACUAAGACUUUCUUUUACUCUUCUUGAACUUUAGAAUUAUUUAGAAUUCAACUCCAGGAAAAAUUGCAAACAUUUGAUUAAUUGAACGAGAUGGAAUAAGCGCGAUAAAGUUUGAAGCAGCGCUACUUCACUUGUUGAGUGACGUUUUCGUAACCGUAGCCGUUGCCGUUGUUGUUGUUUAAGUUCCCUAUUCACUGGAAAAAGAAGUUGGGCUAAAGAGAAAUUAAUCGGCUGAUUUAGCAACAGAACGGGAACGUCAUUUGACGACGGGAAAGCGUGCGGAAAGGACUAAACUCGACUUCCGGGGCACAAUUUGCUGCUCAGCUAUUGGUCAAGCUAGUUGUUUGAUUUGCGCGCGCCGUCGUCAACUGACGUUCCCGUUUUGUUGCUAAAUCACUCUAUUGAGGAAGAAGGAACUGCUCCUAUUUGAAAUAUCCUGCUUGAAGGCGUCCAUUUCCCUCAUUUCGCUUCUUGAAUUACAGUCAAGAGGUCUACCAUAUAUUAAUAAUAAAAAUAAUAAUAAUAAUAAUAACAAAUAAUAAUAAUAAUAGUAAUAGUAAUGAUAAUAAUUAAUAGAGAGAUUAAGCAUCGCGUUUACGGCACUGCAAACAUGGCGAGAUUCAAGUUGAGGAAUUUUCAAAAUGAGAAAUGAACAGAUAAAAACAGCUUAAAACAAUUGUUCUGGAUAGAAUUGGUAUGAAUCUACCGAUUUUCGUGUAGUUAUAACGAACAGUAAACGAUAAGUAAAUGGAAAACUUUGUCACGUGGUACUAAUUCAGUUUUGAAGUUUGCCGCAAAUGCGAUGCUGAAUCUCUAUAUCAAUGAUUUAAAUAUUGUUUUUAGGCUUGAAAUAGUCCUUGUGAUUCACUCUGGACAACACAGUGUUCGAGUUGUAUGCAGUGAAUUAACGCACUUGGAGAAUUACACUCAGCCGCAUGCGCCAGGUAAAGUUAAUCCGAGGCCCUCUCUCCUUGCCAACUUACCCUUGAUGCCCUCGCUGAGCCUCGAUACCCUCAGCUGAGAUCCGUUUAAUCAUUAUUGUCCUACACAAACUCACUCCAAUCUAUUUUAGUAGUGGGUUUUCCACCAACAAAUUUCGAACGCUUGGUCACCACAUAGAGCGAUUUUCGUAUGACCUUGAAAAAUGGUUUCGUUAAGUGUUCGUUAUUUGUUUUAUUAUCCAACGGAUGAAAAGAUUAAAACGUGGCCUCUUCGGUUUCCUGAUGAUUUCUAGAAAGUUCUUGGGCUUGAAGUUUUUUCACCGGAGCGUUCGAUUAACCAACCAAAAGCCGCGCGCGUUUGUAUCCGUUAGAUAAACCAAUCAAAUCGCUCUAUUUCCGUUCGUUUGUUGUUUCUGUUUUGUUCGCGCGUUUUCAUUUCAAGGUCAUACGAAAAUUGCUCUAUUCUCUUAUAGGCCAGGUUUAUAUGGAGAAACCCUGUUCCGGAUCACAGGAUCAACCUCCCUGAGCAAGCGUUUAUUUUGAAAAUAUAGUUGACCCCUUUGCCCGAGCCAACUAUGCAUGCGCAUGCUCUGUUUAUGAUGGCCCAGCUAGGAGGGUGACCCUAACAUCACAAAAGGGUGAACCGGUUGGGUCAAUCUUCUAGCCGAGCCAACUUUUUGUUUUGUAACAAAAUGUAUGAAAAGUUGGCGCGCCUAGGGUAAAGCUGUAUCUCGGGUAGGCGGAUGACCCGUCUACUCGGGACAAGUUUUUUCCAUAUAAACGGGACUUUGGUCGCUGAGAUACAGCCAGGAUCUUUUUUCUUCACGAAAAACUGGAGAGUUCUUGAUUAUAGUAUAACGUCCUUUUAAUUGCACUUUCUUCUUUAGGUGCCCUUCUUAAGGCUUGUUUUUGCUUCCUGGACAUUGUAACACUACCUUCAAGCGAACCAUUGAGUGCCCAGCUACAGAGAAAGUAUCAGGCAGGGUUUGAGCUUCACACGUGGUCGACCGCUCCUCAGGGCAGUGGCUUGGGAACGAGUAGCAUUUUAGCCGGAGCUAUUCUUGCCGCAUUGCUACGGGUUACAGACCGCACAGCCAGCUUGGACUCACUCAUUCACGCUGUGAUGAUCGUUGAACAAAUGUUGACCACUGGCGGCGGCUGGCAGGAUAACGCUGGUGGACUGGUACCAGGAUUUAAGAUGACUCGAUCCCAAGCCUCUUUACCUCUGAAGGUUGAAGUGGAACCGCUAAAAUUAUCUCAAGCCACCGUGGAUGCAGUGACGAAACGAUUACUUUGCCUUUUCUCCGGAAAACCACGUCUUGCUAAAAAUUUGUUACAGGUAAUAAAGCAAAUUUUCGUGUCACAUGAAAGACCUAUAAAAAAAAUGUGAGUUAAUCGUUAAGCCAGAGCUAAUCAUAGAGACAUGAGUAGUUAUUCGAAUACCGUAAAAUUCCGAAAAUAAGCCCCUCCAUGUAUAAGCCCCUCCAAAUAUAAGCCCCCCAAACUCGUAACGCAAAAAACCCUCCGUUAAAUCGCCCUUCUGAAUAUAAGCCCCCGGGGGGGCUUUUACUUCGAAUUUGCCCUCGAAUACAAAGAAAAACAAAGCAAAAAUGGUAAAUUUCCUUGCCUUUACAAGCUGGCCCAAUCGAUUUUGAAACGCAAAUUUCCCUCCGUAGAUAAGCCCCUCCGAAUAUAAGCCCGUCCUAAAAUAAGCCCCUCAAAAAGGGCCUUUGAAAAACAUAAGCCCCGGGGCUUAUUUUCGGAAUUUUACGGUAUUUGUUGUCUUUGUGCUAUUAGUCUAUUGCAAGUUUAAUUGUUAAAACUACUGCCGUUCUCCUUGCCGUCGCUGUCGUCGUUGGUCUUGUUGUCAUCGAGAAAUAGAGCUACCAUGGUAACGUGACGUCACAGUUCUCCUAUCUAUUUUGGUGGUACGAUUUGUAGCCCACAAAACAAUCUUGACUUGACCGCUCUCCAGAAUGGAUUUUUUUGGAUGCGACGGAUUUGGUGAAUUCGUGUGGACGACUGAAACAGGGGGGGGGAGGGGGUGAAUCCAAACUGGAUACACCACUAUUGGGAGUUAACAAAUUCUGUAGCCCAAAUGCGUGCAGAUCGGAGGUAGGCCGUUUCCCAAUGCGAACGAAGACAAAGUGCAGAGCCAUUAAAUAGUGGAUGAAAUUUUGUGAGCUGGAGCACCAAAUAAAAUAAACUCUCUGGAAUAGCAUAUACAAACCAAAUUGGUCAAGAUAAAAAGGAACUUUGGUCAAGCAAAUUAAAACGACUAUUAAAUCUCGCAGGUCUUGGCGACAUAUGGUCAGCGAAAACGAACACUCCCGCAAUCAUAAAUAUAUACCACAGAGACUCUUAGGUAUAGAACAGCAAACAUGGAUUAGCGAAAUACACAAUGAUGAGCGAAAGGACCCGCAUCAAAAAAACAAACUAAGAACUUUUAGGAAAUUUAAACUUACCCAUGACUACGAAAAUUACCUCACAAAUGUAAGAAACAUCAAUCAUAGAGUAGCAAUCACAAAGCUAAGAUUAAGCAACCACAAACUAGCAAUUGAAACUGGACGAUACGUUAAACCCUAUCAACCACCAGACCAAAGAAUCUGUCCAUUAUGUAAAACUGGAAUAGAAGACGAGGUGCAUUUUUUGAUGAAUUGCAUAGCCCAUAGGGAUCCUAGGAGAGAGCUGUUCAAUACGCUAAAAAAGGAAACUAAUCUUAUUCUUGACUCUAUGACUCCAAGCUCUGCCUUUGCAACGUUGAUAAGUAUGAAGCAAGGAGGGAAAAAAUUGUGGCUAAAUACGUAUAUGAUCGCUUCCGCGAAAGAGAUAGACGCGUUAAAUAUAACCUUGUUUAAUAGUUGUAUAAAUUUUACAAAUGUACAUGUACACCUCUGUAAUUACUGCACGAAAAUCUUUGUUAUCGUUGUAAACACAUGUGUCUGUAGGCGCUCUGUUGAUAAUAAAGCACUUAUCCUAUCCUAUUCCUAUCCUAUCCUAUCCACAACACCGAAUUCGAGUAGAGGCAAAUAUCAAGUAUUCAGUUUCAGCGUAUAAGGAUUCGUGUUUACGUGGGCUAAGAAUGUGUACAUAAAUAGGAAUCGGUGGCGAUGUUUAAUCGUAACAAUUACGGAGGCUACGCAACCACAACGACGGCGUCAACGAGAACGGCAAAAAAGCAAUGAGUUGAGAUUGACUUUUCUGUAUAUUUUUCUUUGCCGUCACUGCUCGACUACGACGUGAAACUCCCUAAUUUCACCUUUUAUGGUGGACGUGAACACAAGAAACGGAUAUUCUUUUUGUUUUUGUGAACUUUAGAUACAGUCCUUUAGAAUUCAACUCCUGAAAAAUCGCUAACAUUUGACAGGUUAAAGGAGUUGGAAUAAGAGCGACGAAGUUUGAAACAGCGCGAGUUCACUUUUUCAGGGACGUUUUCGCUCCCGUUGCCGUCUUCGUUGCUUAAGCUCCCUUACGUCUAAUUGAAAUGCUCCAAUUCUCGGUUUGCAUUGUUACGCAAUGAAAAAUGAAAAUGCAAACCAUUCAAUACAGAGAACGUCUAGAAUCUGGGAAAUGAAAGAAGAUAAAUAUACAAAACGUCUUGCCAAAAAUCGGGUCUGUGCAGUUUUUCAAAUGCGAGAUAUUCGGAAAAACGAGUUACCUAAAUUUACAAAGCUUUGUAUGGAAACACCAUGUUGGAGUCCCUUUCAGGGACACCAAUAUGGCUGCCGGAUGCCAACAGAAACAUCUGUUUUCGAGUUUUCCUACUAAUGCGGGAAUUCUUCGCUUGAGGAACUCAUAAAGAUUAAAGUAAUAUUUAUUCUGAGACAAAACAUGUUUAGAUAGCAAAAUCUCCCAAAAUCGGUAAUGUUUUUAACCCACAUAAGAGCUCUCCUGGACGUCAGCUAAAUGCCGCGUCACGCAAAAGCCGGAAACUUCAAGCGUCCUCUCUCGCAAAACGAAGAAUCCUUUGGAACCAAAAAUUUGUUUAUAUGAAGGUGUUUAGGUGCUGUAAUAUCCCGUGAAAGUGGAAACUCAGACGAUUCGAUAGUUUCUUACUUUGAUCUUUAGUGACGUCAUUUGCAAACGAAGAACAUUAAUAUCGGUGAAUUCAAUUUAAAGCCUAAUGAUUUCGCGUUUUUUAGGAUGUGGUCAGGAACUGGUACGCAAGGUUUCCACACAUAACUGAAAACGCUGAUAACCUGAUAACAAACGCAGAGGAAGCCGUGGAAGCACUCAAGACAGGUAGAAUUGGGAUAAAUGUUAAGCCCCGUGAAAACGGACGCAACAAUGUUGACCAACAACUCCCAACAUUGCUGGAUGUUACAUGUUGCGUCCGUUUGCACACCCUGUUGCGUGUUGUUGAGAGUUUUUGCGCAAAGUUUGAAACCAUUCAAACUUUUGAACCAACGACUACCAACGUCUCUUUUGCUCCGUGACCGCUGAAGAGUAGCGCUACAAUGUUGGAUCCGUUUGCACAGCUCUCUCCAACAUUGUUGGGCCCACGCAAGCGCAUUACACACGGUUUACAAAGUCUUACGGGUUGCAUCCUUCCCACGAUUUAUUACUGCAGAUCCCAACAUUAUUGGGAGCUGUUGCGUCCAUUUGCACACCACUGCCAACACGGACGCAACAACUUCCAACAUUGUUGGCCCAACUAUGUUGGGAGCUGGGAGUUGUUGCGUCCGUUUACACGUCGCCUUUAGUUAUCGGACUGCAAAUAUUGGCCAGAUUGUACCAGCGUUGCCUGACAUCUUGUCACUUAAGGUUGGUACACACUAGGCAGCAAUUUGCAGCAACACGUUGCGGCGACACAUCGCAGCGACAAAUCUCUGUAGUGGAAAUUUUUCUGAAAAUCUUUGUCUCCACAAUAGAAUUUUGUCGCCGUAACAAGUCACACAAAAUCAAAUCAGACUAAAUUUGUGCAACUUUUUGCGGCGACAAAAUUCUGUUGCUGAGACAAAGAUUUCCCAGUAAUUCUCCAUUACAAACGACACGAUUUGUUCCUGCAACGUGUCGUGCAACUUGUUGCAUCAACUUAUCGCCUAGCCUGAUUCCCAGACGUCCGAGGUCGUUCGCGGUCCAUUUCGCUUCCCUCCCUCUCCCGGAAAGGACCUCGAACGACCUCGGACGUCUGAGAAUCAGGUUACUUAUCGCCCGACCUGUACUGAAUGAAGGAGUGAUUGGUCGCCGCGACGUGUUGCAGCGACAGAAUCAGCGUUAGAAUCUGUUUUUAGAUCUCGCGUUUAAUUGCAAAUCUGGAUCCAGAUUUCCCAAUUGAACACACCCUUAUUCAUCGUUUUUAAUUUUUCAGGAAAUGUUGAGAAGUUAGGCGCCUGUAUGAAUUGUUACCGUAAGCAGAAGUGUGUAAUGGCUCCGGGUGAGUAGCUUUCAGUAACUAUUCAUUCCCUUUCCAUCAUUAGCAGGGUUUAGAAUCAGGUGAGACUCAAGUUGACAAUAUCUAAAAUUACGAAAUGACAAAAACUGUCCAAAAUACUUCUAAUGGAGGAAACUGGCUUGAAACUACUAAGUUGGUGUAGGUGUAAUGAACAGCAAGAGAUAAACAAAGGGAAAUGUUGAUGCGUAUUACAAAUAGACGUUUGUGGUUUGCCCGGUAUAAGCCAUUUCCGAGUUACCCAAAGUUUCGAAAUGAGUCUUAAGGCCUGUAUAAAUGGAGAUGGGGGACCCCAAUUGGGUGUGGUAACCUGCGUAGGUGGGGUAACCCGCCUGUUCAUAUAAUGUCUCAUUUUAAUUUGGUUAUGUUAACAUGAUAGGUGGGGUGACCCGCCACAUGUUACCUCACCCAUCUAGGGCUCCCUCACCUCCAUGUAAACAGGCCCUAAGUGCAAAUCCAUUGAUAUGAAAUUGAGUUUUUAUUCUCAUGCAAAUAAUACUCGUUUUCACAGUGAGAGUUUAACGAACUCGGAAAUGGCCAUUGUUAGUCUCCCAAAAGCUUAGGAGCGUCGACGGUGGAGUGGGAGGGGCAUUGCAAGCUACAAAUGGCUUGUUCUUGUGUUCUUAUUGCAAUUUAGGGGUAAGUUUUUUACGUAAACAGGUGUACUCUCGUAAUUCGGGCUUAAUUUACACAAAACCUAGGAUACUGCUUCUGUAAAAACCAAAGCUGUUAGUAAUACACACAUUUCCCACAGGAACCGAACCUGAUGCCAUACGAGAUAUGAUGGAGGCACUGGACCCUUUCGUAUUAGGUGAGACGUUGUUUGUUUUUACCAUGCUUACCAGGUGUACUCCGGAUUUCAAGUGACUGGGAUGAUCUAAUUGGGGGCAAAAAUCAAAGCGCAAAAAAAUCCGUAGGGCUUCCAACAAAAGCCCAAAAUUUCCCUGGAACAAAAAUUAACCCCUCAAUAAAUCCCUUAUAGAACUACGCAGCUGAAAUACGCGGGCACCACAACAUAUCUGCAGAUUGUUUUAAAUACCUAAAAAAUCCCUAUUUAAAUCAAACCACCCCAAAAAAUACUAGCUAAAUUUUUCUACCACCCGCAACCGCCCCCACCAAAAAAAAAAUUUCCGGAGUCGAAGAUUUCCAACCCAGAAAAAUUCCUUCCAUGAUCCCUGUCACUUGAAAUCCGGAGUACCUCCCCCUGGGAGCCAGAGGGUUUUUCUGACAAUAGCUUUGUAAUUGUUUCAGGACAAACCUUGACCGGAGCUGGAGGGGGAGGCUUUCUGGUUCUUAUCACUAAAGAACCUAACAUGGCUGAUAAAAUACGAGCUGUGAUCGAGGAGAAAAAGGUACUUGCGCCUGAAUGUCACUUUCCGUCGAUACAGGCAAAAAAAAUCAACAAAAGAGGAAAUUGCUAACAUCAAACAGUUGUGUUUUUCUAUUGCUAACAACGUUCACAGUGUUAAUCACUCUCUAAAAAUAAAAGCCGUUGUAAAAGUUUCCCGAAAACUAUGAUUCAGGUGAUGAUAGAGUUAAGUUUUAUAACCUGAGACACUGUGAAACAACGACAACAAAAGCAACGCGGCUAGAUUUUGCCGGGGUAAUAGGUGAUGGAGUAUGUGGUCGAGGCUCUUCACCUAGGCUAGACUGUUCACAUUCCUUUAUUUUUCCAUGAGAUCGUCAAGAUCGAAAUUUCGUUACGGUCGGCCAUCUUGGAUAAGGGUCAAAUCUACUUUAGGUGCAAUAAAACGGACAACAAAGAACGUGCAACUUGUUUUGCAACGUUGCUGCAAACGAGUUGAAUAGCGAUGUUGCGCGGUUUAUCAUCACGAAAAAAAGCUUGGAGUCAUAUUUGUUGCAAGACAGGUUCGAACAUGGGUGGUAAAACGCACAACAUCGCUAUUCAACUCGUUUUGCUGCAAUGUUGCAAAACACAUUCCCCUUUUUUGUUACCCUUUUUACUGUAGCUCUAGCAGGAGCGGGGACGGGUAAAAACCUCGACGUCCGCUUCGCUUUUAGUAAAUAUAAAGCCAAGUUGGCCGACCGUACGGUAAGGUUUUGGGAGAAAGCGCUGGCAGAUGGCGCAGACAAUUGUUUCGUUUCCGUUUCAAACUUGAAAACUCUUGUUGUAGUAACCUAUAAAGAAUUGAGUAAAUUUACAUGGUAUUAACGAUAUAUUGUCACGGAGUUUUGUGUUACAUUUCGCGCGUGACAUUUUUUGAUCUUAGAUGUAGCCGAUCACGUUUCGAACACGUGAUCAUGUCACACUUUGAACGGAGUAGUUUUUCGAUUUAGAGAAUUGUAAUUUUGUUGAAGGCACGUGUAUCGGUUUAGAAGCCCGUUACUUUGUAACCUGAGAUCAGGCGUUAUUUUUUAUUUUUUUUUGCGCUUCUUUGCUUCUUUGGCUCGAGAGGGAAAAAAAUAACGCCUGAUACAUUCAUUUAACAAGCCGUCAACCACCCCCUAAUUUACAUAAUCUAACGUCUGUAUGACCAGUCAUGUUAUUAGCCAAUAAGCGUUUACCAUACAGGAAUCAAAUUUUGGCGCGAAUAAUGUCUAUUUUGAAAUCAAUUUUGGGGAAAAGAAAUUUUUUAUUUAAGUACGUCCAUGUUCAGAUGGCGCUUCGAUUCCUAAAAAAAAUUAAAUGCGUUCUUUUUGUGAUGAAAUACUGCUAGCUGGAGCUGCCGUACCUUUAUUUAAUAGCUACAAGUAAUAAAGAAUUUACAGGUUAAAGCUCGUUGACUUCGUUCCGUACCGAAAGCAGUGAAAAAAAAAAUUAGGCUGAAGCACCAUAUUUCCCGAACUGAAAGGUGUGGUGAAAGCGAAGAUCGAUCAGAAUAAUUCGCAGAUUUCUGAAGGACGAAUUACAGUCAAACCAGGUCAAAAUUCCAUUCAUGAAUUGGUUAUUUGAAAAGUGAACCCGUUUGUCGCUUCUGUAACUUGUAGCCGGUAUCAAAUUGCAUUCAAAUGAUCAGUGAAGUUUUGACUGCAACUAUUUAGUAUACGAUGAGAUGGAAAAUAUUUCAGUGGAUGAAACUUCUAUUUAGGCAUUGUUCAAAUUCAAGAAAACUGAGCCGGCAGAAAUUUCAUAACGAACUCGCGCGGCGGGGCUAAAGUGCAGGUCACAGGUCACAGGUCAGGUCACAGGUUACAGGCCACAGGCCACAGGUCAGAUCACAGGUCAGGUCACAGGCCACAGGUCAGAUCACAGGUCAGGUCACAGGCCACAGGUCACAGGCCACAGGUCAGGUCACAGGUCACACAAAAACCAAUAGGACACUGGACAAAACUGUUCUGGACUGACGUUUUGCUAUACAAAAAUAAAAUAAGCCAAGGAACCUUGAUGAUAUUUUUGUCCUUUAAACAAUAUUAAAUCGGUUUGACAUCGGUUGCAGGGUUCGUUUGUCACACACAGAGCAAGUUGUUCUCUUAAGAAGUCGAUUCCCACAGUUUUAUUUUUAGAUGACUUUCCAAAGUCUUACUUUUAGAACUAAGUUCUUCAUAAUUUUGCGGUUUCAGGCUUCGGAUGAGUUCAUUUUUUACGACGUGAGCGUGGACUGGGAUGGACUGACUGUGAGAGUAGAAGAACCGUCGAAAUGA